AUGACUAGAAGGUUAGCUUUCUCCACACGCCACACCAUAUCUUGCAGUUCCGAGCUAGCUAGAGAGAACCAGAGCCACCCUUUGGUGGAAGAGCGUGUGAGCUUGAAGAAUUUUACUGAGCAAGCCAAGGAUCUAAUUAAAUCCGACGUCGGAAUGCCUCACUGGUUCUCGCCUUUAGACUGCGGCCAACCUUUACCCGGUUCACCUCUGCUUCUCUUUUUGCCGGGAAUUGAUGGCACUGGACUUGGGCUUAUAAUGCAUCAUCAGAAACUUGGAGAGAUUUUUGAGGUCUUGUGCUUGCAUAUUCCUCCCAAGGAUCGAACACCAUUUGCAGACUUGGUGAAGCUGGUAGAGAGAAAAAUUCGUUCAGAGCAUCAUCGCUCACCUAAUAGACCAGUAUACCUUGUUGGAGAAUCUCUUGGAACAUGCCUUGCACUAUCUGUGGCAUCCCUUAACACUGAUAUCGACCUUGUUCUAGUCUUAGCAAAUCCUGCAACGUCCAUCAGCAAAUCACCACUUCAACCCAUAUUAUCUUUACUGCAGUUCAUGCCCGACUUACUAUCCAAUCUUAGUCUUCCUCUUGUACUGAGUUCAAUGGCAGGUGCAAUGCUGGCUGAUUUAGAGAAGGGAUUCGGAGGGGUAUCAUGGGAUCUUGUUGCACCAUCAAUAGCUUACCUCUCUGUUCUUGCAGAUAUCUUGCCAAUAGAAACACUUCUGUGGAAACUACAAAUGAUUAAUUCAGCUUCAUCGUAUGCCAAUUCACGCCUCCAUGCUGUAAAAGCUCAAACCUUGAUACUUUCCAGCGGAAGGGAUCCAUUGCUACCUAGUAAACAGGAAGGUCUGAGACUCCGGCAGCUACUUGCGAAUUGUGAGAUCUGUACAUUUGAAGACUGUGGCCAUUUCCUCUUCUUGGAAGAUGCUUUUGAUUUGGUAACUGUUAUCAAGCAGGUUGGUGUCUAUCGUCGUUCAAAAGAACGAGAUUUUGUUUUAGACUUCAUACCACCAUCACCUUCCGAGUUAAACGAUGUUCUGGACAGAUACAGAUGGAUGAACAUAACUAUGAGCCCAGUGAUGCUCUCAACUUUAGCAGACGGGGAAAUAGUGAGGGGCUUAGCUGGGAUUCCUUCAGAUGGUCCUGUAGUGUAUGUUGGUAAUCACAUGUUACUCGGACUUGAUGCGUUUCCAUUGGUAACGCAGUUGUUGGAACAUAAAGGCAUCCAUCUGCGAGGGAUAGCACAUCCAGUUAUGUUUAUGAAAUGGAAACAAGGAAAGUUAAUGGAAGUACCAUUUUCCAAUGAUUUCAGACUUAUGGGGGCUGUUCCUGUCUCCGGAAAAAACUUUUUCAGGCUACUCUCCACAAAGUCUCAUAUCCUACUCUAUCCUGGUGGAGUGCGUGAGGCUUGCCACAGGAAGGGGGAAGCAUACAAGUUAUUCUGGCCGGAACAGUCAGAGUUUGUGAGAAUGGCUGCUAGAUUUGGAGCGAAAAUCGUACCUUUUGGUACGGUUGGGGAAGAUGAUUUCUGUAACAUAUUAUGUGAUUAUGAAGACCAGAUUAAAAUUCCUUUCCUCAAGAAAUAUAUAGAUGAACUAACUGAUGAAGUUGGAAAACUGAGGAUUACCCUUGAUGGGGAGGGAGGCAAUCAAGAUGUACACUUCCCAGGAAUUCUACCAAAAUCUCCGGGUCGGUAUUAUUUUCAUUUUGGGAAACCAAUUGAAACAGAAGGGAGGACGGAGGAAUUACGAGACAGGAAGAAAGCUCAUGAACUGUAUUUAGAAGUGAAAUCAGAGGUUGAGAAAUGCAUUGCAUAUUUGCAGGAAAGAAGAGAGAGUGAUCCUUACAGAAGCCUUGCGUCUCGGCUAUUCUUCCAAGCCAGACAUGGCUUUACAUCUGAAGUUCCUGCAUUUGACCUCGAUUAA